AUGGAGGCAGUCGGAUUGUCGACGUGCGCCUUACCCCCGGCUGACAUAAUUACUCAGAUUCUUUGCAGGGUCACAAGUACCACACUUGACCCUUGCAAGCAUUGGUAUCUCCUUUCGAAAGAGGUAUGUGGCGUUCCUGCGCGUAAAUUUUUCAAACGCGACGUAUUUAAGAUAUUUCCCGACGAAAUCCAUAGUGUGGCUGCGCGGGAACUUCAGCCCGCCAAAUCAUCGAACGGAGUCGUAGAGUUGGACAGGAUUCCCGAAUUCGUUUCUGUUGUGUCCACGUUCGGUCUAGUAGCUGGUCUUCUUCGAAAUAGAACAAUCCCCGACGAACUUAUUAAUUGUGCGGGAUUUAUGGCUAUCAUAAAUUUGGUGAACUCCGCCACACUAGACUUUGAGCUCGAGUGCGCGAAAAAUUCAUCUUUUGGCGCCAAGCUCAGUCAAGACUCGGAAGAGUUCGCUUCUUUGCUUGUCGAUAGAUCAGCCAGGGUAAAUUCCCUUGAAGAGGAACUGAAGAAACUUCAAACACGGAUUUCCGAUCUCGAAUCGAGCAUGGAGUCCGACAAUUUUUCCUUUAAUUCCCCAUGUUGCUCAUCAACUCCAUUAAGUUCGUCCAGUUCCUCGUGCAGUUCAAUCGAGGACACUAAGAAUCGAUCUGAUUUAGGAACUACAAACAAGAAACGACAAAUUCUUAAAAGGUGCAGGGAGAUAAGAGCUGUCCUUGACGACGUUUCUGAGAGGUACAAUGAAUCUAUCGCAGCUGUCCUUGGAAACAGCUUCCUAUACGGAACGGAUGGGGAAAGGGAAAGAGUACAGGGUAUUAUUUCAGAAGUCGUUGAUCUAGUUACAAAAUCAAAGGGUUCCAAGAAUGUUCUGACCGAGCUUCUUUUGCCAGAAACACUCGAAAAUGUCUUCCAAAGCAUUCGUGUACCAGACUGGGUGCUGUUGUUUUUUAAGCUCCUAACAAGACUCCCAGAUUCUGCAUGGCAAACUUUGCUGAACCUGACUAGACUAGGAAAGAGUGGGGUGAGCUGCUAAUCAUAGAGGCUUUGCAUUCAUUCAAUAUAAUUCUUUUGUGACUUAUUUUAUUUUCAUUACUUUGUUUCUGUGUCAAUGGGCUGUCGAUCAUGUGAACUUUUUUCUUACCUGUAAAGUAAACCGGCCCUUUGCAGGGUUGUCUUUGAGAAAAUUCAUAAGUGCUCAAUUUUAAAUUUCAUGAGGAAUCAUAAUUUGGGGAUGAUUGUGUGCACCUUGAUGAGACCUGCA